GGCUACUCCUGGCGUCAGGCUUAAUGGGCAAUGAGCAAAACAGCACGUCCACUUCAUGAAGUGUGCAUGCACGUAUUGAUUUGAAUAAAACGCGAGAAGUGGGGCCUAAUGCUCCUUCCAAUGCGGCUCCAUCGACAGAGGUACUUCUAGUGGCUUCUUUGGCCAUUGAUCCUGGGAGUGGGUUCGUUAACAAGUGGUCAGUCAGUUGGAUCGUUUCAGUCGGUCAAUUCAAAUGUGCAUUGUUUCCCCGAGCAAUCUAUCAUGAAUCUGCAGAAGGGUCCUCCACCGAGCCAGAAACCCAAGACCUUUGGGGAUUUCUCCAGCUUCGGUGAACUAGCUGAUUCCAAGUCUCUGGGCAAGAAAUUGGCAGUCAAGCCAUAUCAACCAGGUGCAGCCAAGCAAGUGGAUUUUUCCACGCCAAACCUGGGUAAUCAUUGUAUUCUCAUCUUGGCCACCCUGACUUUAACGAUCAUCAUUUUACUUUCAUCAGGGGUAUUCGGCACAGCGUCCAAGAAUUCCGAAUACACAGUGUGCCCUGUCCAGACCCGGUCUCGUUGUAAUACCCUUUACCAAACCCACGUGUAUUACCAAGAGCUGCGUUUCACUCAAGGCAUGUCCCCCGAGGAGUGCAUACCUCUAUGUGGCCAAUUCGCCAAGGCCAAGGCAAUUGAGGUCACCCGCAGGUCCAACGACCUUCGAUGUCAUUGCAAAGAUUCCUGCUUGUCUACCAAUGGCUCUAUCAACUCAUGGACCAUCUCGCUCAGACAAGAUUGCUCCUUUCAAAAGUGAAUUCAAGUGCGUUUUAACAACCAGUGCCACGACAGCUCUGUGGGGUACCAAUUGGUGUUGACAGUGGAGAUCAAUUGGCCACGAUAACAAAUACUGAUAUUUGUCCCUGUCAGUCAUCAUCAAUCAUGUUAUUAAUAAAAAUGUAGCCAGGCACCGACAAGGUUUUUGCAUUAUUCAUAUGGCCCUCAUAAAAAUGGCUGCUUUUCAUCUACCUGUACCUGCCUUAGUUGGGGGUCGCUUCAGUUUGAUUUAAUUUGAAAGGCUCAAUUGGCCAAUAGUCGUUUCAAUCAGUCAUGCCACAAAAAUAAAAACCAAGGAGGAGUAAUCUCUGCGACACAAACUCCGGCAUUAUGCAAAACAAACAUUGCUCGAAUAAAUGGGUAUGUUUGA